UAUUUGUUUCAAUACGUUCAAUAACGUCAAGCGCAAGUAAUCUCUCGUAUAUUGUUGUUCAUUUAAAAGUUAUAUCAAAGGAAAAAGUGUAAAAUGUCUUCACUAAAAUUACUUUUGGAUUUGGCUGAAAGCUUGGAUUCUAUGUCAGCAUCUCCUUACUAUAGAAGUGACUUUGGAUUGGGCUUGGAUCCAUAUCAAAUUCAACGAUACCAAAGUCCAAGAAUCUUGGGUUUGCCAUGGUCUUUGGCAACCUGCUUGGAAGAACAACCGAUUGAAAAGUCUAGAAGCAGAAGUGGACCAACAUCAAGUAUUGGGAAAGAUGGAUUCCAGGUUUGCAUGGAUGUCCAGCAGUUCAAACCGAGUGAAUUGACUGUAAAAGUCGUGGACGAUGCUGUAAUCGUGGAGGGUAAACAUGAAGAACGAGAAGAUGAUCAUGGAUACAUCUCACGACACUUUGUUCGUCGCUACGCACUGCCAAAGAACUAUGACUCUGACAAAGUUAUUUCGACACUAUCAUCAGAUGGAGUUUUGACAGUGAGCAUUCCUAAACCAGCAAUAGAGAAUAAGCCAGCAGAGAAAGUCAUACAAAUUCAACAAACUGGACCAGCACACUUAAAUGUAAAGGAAAAUCCUCAAGAACAGUCCAAGGAGAAGGAUUCGGAGACUGCUGAAAAGAAAUAAACAUUUUGAACAUUUCUAAUAGAAGCACCUAAUUAAAAACUAGACUGAACUCAUUUUUCCAAAACAUUUUAUAAAUAUUCGUUAUCACAUAUAAUUUAAAUAAACAAAGUUUUUUCUAUAUUUUUAAUUCAAA